AUGGGGCAUUGGCGUCCCUCUGCCAUCUCACUUGGCAUCACUGAGAUUGUCUUGAUUGCUCAGAAUGCUGUGCAACUCUUGAAGGCAUUCGGUUCGGCAACUGAUGAUGUAUUGAACACCGGCGGGGAAAUCACAGGUGCUGGCCGGGGUUCUCCAUAUUCCUCUCCCAAAGGCCCCAACCUCGUCCAGGUUCACGUCAAAGCUCCCCCAUUCCCCCGCCCGCUGCCCCAGGCUAGAGAGGAGCAUUUCAGGCCCUGUGGGCUCCACACAAGCUUCGGCAACGAGCGGCACCCUACCAUCCUUACCCUGCCUCCCUUCCACUUGAGCGAGACAAAGCUCCAGUUGCUACGGCGUAGAAAAUACUGCUCUGCCAUUCUUCUCUUCCUUUUCCAAACUCUUCUUCUUCCUGAUCCGAGUGACCAAGCAGAAGAGAGAAAGAGGCAUUGA